AUGCUGCCGGAGAAAAGGAGGGCCGGUGGUCGGGCUGGAAUGCCUAGACGUGCGCGUUUGGUAAGUCAGCUCUGUCGUCGAGCUCGACUUGGUCUGUAUGUGCUGUGUCGAGCCAGUCUUUUCCGCAAUUGCUUUGAACUUACACCCGCAUUCAGUAUUAGUGGAGAGAAAUCUAGUGAUGAAGUCAUAACGAUCGAAAAUACUGUACAUAUGUCAACAUUUGUGCAUGACUUCUACGUGAGCAAUAUGGAAGCAAUGCGUGUCAAUUAUGAAAAGGCUAUGGAAGAAUAUCGACGCCAAGUGCAGAAAGUAACGCUCCCUCCAACGCCAGAUGAACCAGAAGUGCCAGAAGAUGUGCGAAAAGCUCAGGAGAAGAAAGCAAAGGCUGAAAAAGCUCAGGGGCCUGAACAAGAAAAGGAUAUCAUGUUUGAGAGCAUGGACUUUGAAAGGCUCGAAGAGGUCCCAAAGUAUUAA